AUCGUACAACAUAUUCAGACACGUAUCGUUCGAAACAAGUAGUCUGUUAAGCAAACAAUAUGGCUUUAACUAUGUACGAUAAGGUCUUCCGUGACCAUAUUGUCACUACUGAGGAGGACGGAGAAACACACCUCAUUUAUAUCGAUCGACACUUGGUGCACGAAGUAACCAGUCCACAAGCCUUUGAGGGUCUUCAAAAUGCUGGACGCCAGGUACGAAGGCCCGACUGUACACUUGCCACCGUAGAUCACAAUGUACCGACGAGCGAUCGGUCACAGUACAAAAGUGCGAAGACGUUCAUCAAGGAAAAGGAUUCUCUCGUACAGGUGUCUGCUCUUGAGCAGAAUGUCGCAGAUUUUGGCCUAACCUACUAUGCACUAGGUAACAGGAAACAAGGAAUCGUGCAUGUUGUUGGUCCAGAGCAAGGCUUCACUCUGCCAGGAACAACGAUGGUGUGCGGAGAUAGCCACACAUCCACGCACGGAGCAUUUGGCUCAUUGGCUUUCGGUAUUGGAACGUCUGAAGUAGAACACGUGCUUGCUACUCAAACCCUUCUGCAGCGCAAGUCCAAGAAUAUGAGAAUUCAGAUUGAUGGUGAUUUGCCUAUUGGAGUGACGGCGAAAGAUCUUGUGCUAUAUGUGAUUGGUGUGAUUGGUACAGCGGGAGGCACUAAUCAUGUCAUCGAAUUCUGUGGUAGUACGGUCCAGGGUCUUACUAUGGAAGGUCGCAUGUCAAUGUGCAACAUGGCGAUCGAGGCAGGAGCCCGUGCCGGUAUGAUCGCCCCUGAUCAGACGACCUUCAACUACCUGAAGAACAAGCCCAUGGCUCCUAAAGGUGACGCGUGGGAGAAAGCGGUUGCAUAUUGGACUUCCCUGCAGUCCGACGAAGGUGCCAAAUUCGAUACCGUCGUGGAGAUUAAAGCAGCCGACAUUGGACCCACCCUAACUUGGGGAACUUCCCCUGAAGACGUAGUGAGCAUCACGGGUAAUGUGCCUGAUCCGGCAAAGGAAGACAACCCCCAAAAGCGCGCCAAAAUGGAACGAUCUCUAGAAUAUAUGGGACUCACGGCUAAUCAGAAGAUGUGCGAGGUCAAGGUGGACAAGGUGUUCAUCGGUUCGUGCACCAACUCUCGUAUUGAAGAUCUGCGAGCCGCUGCAUCCGUAGCUAGAGGCAAGAAAGUAGUAGACGGCGUCUACGCUAUGAUUGUCCCCGGCUCUGGUUUGGUGAAGGAUCAAGCAGAAGACGAAGGUCUCGAUAAGAUCUUUAAGGCUGCCGGCUUUGACUGGAGAGAAGCUGGAUGUUCCAUGUGUCUCGGUAUGAACCCUGAUCAAUUAAGUCCACAAGAACGGUGUGCAUCGACAUCUAACCGAAAUUUCGAAGGCCGCCAGGGUGCUGGUGGUCGCACGCAUCUGGUCAGUCCAGCUAUGGCGGCUGCUGCUGCUGUGACUGGCUUCCUAACAGAUGUGAGGGAGCUUUCGAUUGAUAAUGCUAUCCUCAACCCGGGGCCCCGCCAGAACAUUGCUGUGGAGACGAGUCCCGAAGAAGAUGUAGAAACGGCUUUGAAGGUCAAGUUUGCGUCCACCACGCGGACUGAGAGUGCCACAUCUGAGGCUAGUGAUGGCAUUCCCAAGUUCACUGUACUGGACGGACUCUGCGCUCCACUUCCCAUUCACAAUGUAGACACGGAUAUGAUCAUUCCCAAACAGUUUCUUAAAACGAUUAAAAAGACCGGCUUGGGCACAGCGGCAUUCCACACACUGCGAUAUGAAGAUGAUGGGUCUGAAAGGCCUUCGUUUGUACUCAACAAACCAGAAUACAAGAAGAGCCAGAUCCUGGUGUGCGGAGAGAACUUUGGCUGUGGUUCCAGUCGAGAGCACGCCCCUUGGGCACUGGGAGACUGUGGUAUACGGGCUUUAAUUGGCCCCUCAUUCGCUGAGAUCUUUAACAAUAACUGUUUCAAGAACGGUAUGCUUCCCGUUGUGCUGCCUAAGGAGAGUGUGUCGAAGAUCAUGGACGACGGCGAGAAUCUCAGGAACGUUACCAUCGACCUUCCCAACCAGUCUAUCACCCGACACGACGGAGAGACAAUCAAAUUUGAGGUGGACCCGUUCCGCAAGCAUUGUCUCAUCAAUGGCUUAGAUGACAUCGGACUAACUAUGCAGAAGGGUGACCAGAUCUCUGAGUUCGAAAGCAAGCGGACAAGUGUGUGGCCGUGGCUUGACGGGCCCGGGUAUGGAACGGGACACAAGGGGGCUACACAGGUACUUGGAGGCAGCAGUACUGGUGCAUCUAAGGGGAGUACUCAAUGGUAGAAGGAUACAGAUAAUAUUUUUUGAGUAGGAUAAUAAAUAAUACUUACUAGUACGAGCACUGGUGUAC